UAUUAUUUACUCAGUCGUCUUUCAGACUGCAUUUGGAAAUCUGGAAUAAUUUAGGAUUUUUUCGAGAUAAAUUGUGCUGUGGUAGUCACGAUAAUUGGUAGUUAAUUCACUAAGACACAUUUUUUGUCAGUUGCUACAUCAAGUACUAAAGAAAAUUUGAAGGAAAAAUAAAAAGACAUAAAAAUUAGUAGCAUAGGAGAAGCAAGAUAAAUAUAAGCAAAUGGACGAAGAAGCUCAGGCACUUUCUACAGUUUUGACCGGCAAAGAACAUGAGAGUUUGGAAAGUGACAAGACAAAAAAGAAAAGUCGGGAGACAUCAGUAGAUAGCACUUCCGAUACAGAAAAAACGAGACAGGUGAGCACAGAAAGCAAUGAUUUCACAAACAAUAGUCAGCAAAAUAUUGGCGAUUCUCAAAGCAGUUUCAAAAACAGUCAAGAAGGUUCAAAUUCAAUAACAUCUGGAAUAGAAUAUCUCAUGCAUACGUAUCAAGUUUUUGAUUCCAAGAAAUUAAGGAAAAAAGCUAGAAGAAUGGCUAUUCAGAUGAUGGAACAAAUUGGGUACACAGUAAUGGUUGUAACACCAGGAAAGUUUGCGAUAAAAUAUGCUUCUUCAGCGCCUUACCAUUUAUUUUUCACGAGAGUCGACAAUUCCAAAGAGACUUAUAAUCAACAGUUCUCCAUAAUUUUCUCUGAGAUUCUCGAUCGUAGUCUUGGAGAAAUUGUUAACAGUCUUCAUUUAACUUUUAUGGUAGAUGUCACAUGGUUGUAUUUGCAGUAUUUGUUGGUUGGUCAACGUACCGAUAUGACAAUUCUGUGCAAACAUAAAACACGUGUUCAUGAGGAAUUAAGUAAAAAUAUUACUAUAAUAAAGGUAGACGGGCAGGAGUUCUCAAGUCAUCAUACGAACAUCAUGAUUCUGCAAUAUAAAAAUGGGAUUAGGGUGAUUGUCUCUACUGCUGGUUUAUAUUCUGCUGAUUGGGAAAACAGGACACAAGGAUUGUGGAUUUCGCCUCAUCUGCCUUAUUUGCCAGAAUCCGCACAUCCUAGUGAUGGGGAAUCUUCAACGGGUUUUAAAAAAGAUCUCGAGCGAUAUCUGAGUAAAUAUGACCAACCGGUUUUGACACAGUGGAUAUGUGUAGUACGGAGAAUAGAUUUUUCAGACGUAAACGUGUUUCUCGUCGCUUCUGUUCCUGGAAUUCACAAAGGUUUCGAAGCCAAUUUUUGGGGAUGCAAGAAAUUGGCGUACGUUCUAUCACGCUAUGUCACACUACCGCCAGAUACACAGUGGCCUAUAGUCAUACAGAGUUCUGGUGUAGGCUGCUUUGGUUCAACCAUCGAAAGUUGGUUGUUGAAAGACAUAAUUCGGUGUAUGUGGAAGGAGACUUCUGUAGGUUUAAAGAAUCAUCCACAGUUUCAGUUUAUUUAUCCGUCAAUAGAGAAUUAUAAGCAAAGCUUUGAUUGUCAAGAUUUAAUUACCCCAUUGAUGUACAGUGCAGAAAUACAUUCCAAGCAGCAGUGGCUAGAACAAUAUUUAUAUCAAUGGAAAGCUACGCGAACAGGACGAGAUCAUGCAAUGCCUAAUAUUAAAUCCUACACAAGGAUUUCUUCCGAUUCGAAAAGAAUUCCUUGGUUUUUGCUCACCAGCGCAAAUCUGAGCAAAGCCGCAUGGGGAUCAAUCAAACAAUACGAAGGUUAUAGUAUAAGAAACUACGAGGCCGGCGUCGUAUUCAUACCAAAACUUAUCACUGGGACAGCGACAUUUCCUAUUGAAGAAGAAGAAGAUGCAGCUGUUCCAAUAUUUCCGAUCCCAUACGAUCUUCCAUUAAGCCGAUAUGAUUUGGACGAUAGUCCUUUCGUCAACGAAUUUGUCGACUCUCUAAACUAAAUGUAAUAUUUCAACUAGUGAUGACACUAGUGUUUUUUAUCUGUUUUAAAUGAUAAAAUAUUUUUGCAUCCAUAUUUGUAUUGUACGUUUAUUGAUUGAGGGAACGAGGCGCUGAUAAAUCAAUUUAUUUUGAUGUUUAAAUAGGAGUCGGCA